CCCCAGAUGGCGCUGACCUGUGACUGCCCGAUGUCGCAGCCGGGCCCCACGCUGGCGGCCACGUGCGGCGGGGGCGCCUUCAUGCUGUUCAUGGGGCUGCUCGAGGUGUUCCUCAGGAGCCAGUGCGAUCUGGAGGACCCUUGUGGACGGGCACAGUUUCGUCGGCACAUGGACUCAGUGUACGACUUCAUAGUAGUGGGAGGGGGAUCGGCAGGGUCGGUGGUGGCCGCAAGACUGUCUGAAGUACCAGAGUGGAGGGUAUUGCUGUUAGAAGCAGGUUUUGACGAACCAACGGGAGCUCAAGUGCCAUCGAUGUUCCUGAACUUCAUCGGGUCCAGCAUAGACUGGGGCUACCAGACGGAGCCAGAGCCUGCUGCCUGUCUCGGAGAAACUGAUCGCAAGUGCUACUGGCCUAGAGGAAAGGUCCUGGGUGGUACCUCAGUGAUGAACGGCAUGAUGUACAUCCGCGGCUCCCGCAAGGACUACGACAACUGGGCGGCUGCUGGCAACGAGGGCUGGUCCUACGACGAGGUGCUGCCCUACUUCCUCAAGUCGGAGGACAACAAGCAGCUCAAAGAGAUGGACAGGAUGUACCACGGGACGGGGGGACCGCUGACGGUGGCGCAGUUCCCCUAUCACCCGCCCCUCAGUUAUAGCUUGGUUAAGGCUGGAGAAGAGUUAGGUUACAAACAGCGAGACUUAAACGGCAUUCGCCACACGGGCUUCGCGAUAGCCCAGACGACGAACCGCAACGGGUCCCGACUGAGCGUCGCGCGCGCAUUCCUGCGUCCCGCUAAGCACCGCGCCAACCUGCACAUCAUGCUGAACGCUACCGUCACCAGGGUGCUCAUCAACCAGACCACCAGGCAGGCCUAUGCUGUGGAAGUCAGGAACAGCUUCGGCGGAACUGAGACCAUUUUUGCUAAUAAUGAAAUUAUUUUGAGCGCCGGAGCAGUAGCUUCCCCUCAAAUCCUGCAACUCAGCGGCGUGGGUGAACCUUCCCUGCUGACCCGCGUCGGAGUGCGGCCGGUGCACGCGCUGCCGGGCGUGGGGCGCAACCUGCACAACCACGUGGCGCACUUCCUCAACUUCAGAGUCAGUGACAACAACACCACGCCGCUCAACUGGGCGACGGCUAUGGAGUACCUGCUGUUCAGGGAUGGACUCAUGUCGGGGACUGGCAUAUCAGAAGUGACGGGCUUCAUAAACACCAAGUACUCUAACCCUGAGGAAGACAAUCCGGACAUCCAGCUGUUCUUCGGCGGCUUCUUAGCCGACUGCGCGAAGACGGGCAUGGUGGGGGAGCGCCUGGACAACGGCUCGCGGACCAUUCAGAUCAUACCCACCGUGCUGCAUCCGAAGAGUAGGGGGCGACUGGAGAUCGCCUCUGCUGAUCCCUUCGCUUAUCCUAAGAUUUAUGCCAACUACCUCACCCACCCAGAGGACGUAAAGACUCUAGUAGAAGGCAUAAAGUUUGCCAUCAAGCUAUCUGAGACCAAAGCCCUGAAGCGCUACGGAGUGACCUUGGACAAGACGCCGGUGAAGGGCUGUGAGAAGAUCAAGUUCGGCUGCGACGCCUACUGGGAGUGCGCCGUGAGGAUGCAGACGGCGCCGGAGAACCAUCAGGCGGGCUCCUGCAAGAUGGGGCCCAGGGGAGACCCCACUGCUGUCGUUGAUAACUUGCUGCAGGUGCAAGGCAUAGACCGUCUCCGCGUGGCUGACGCGAGCGUGAUGCCAGCGGUGACGUCGGGUAACACCAACGCGCCCGUCAUCAUGAUCGGCGAGAGAGCCGCCGAGUUCAUCAAACAACGCUGGUUGGGACCACAGGGAUCAUACUCGCUGUCGCAGGGCGGUUUGACCAACACGUUGCAAUCGAGCGACGCGCCGCAACCCACGUGGCAGCGCUGGCCGUGACCUCUCACCUCUCAUGCCCCACCACACAACAGAAGUGUUUUAUAUCUUAAAGUGAUACAGUUUUCCAUGUGGAUUGUCCUUUGGUCCCGCCUAUGCCUCUAGGCCCUCUCAAUUGCCCAAGGAAAUUGCUGUAACCCCUCCGUUUUUCCUUCCUGGUUUAUUUUCCAUCCAUCCGUUUCCCCGCCAUUCUCUUCACUCGUUUCCCCUCACAUAUCCGACUUACCUACCACUUUCCCUACAUAUCUCUCUCACAUUGAAAUCUGUAUGAAUUUAAGAUGUUUUAAUAUGUUCUCAAAACUGCUGUAGUUUAGUUGGCUAGACAUAGUGUAAAUAUUUAACUGUUAAGCUCUCAACAUGUCACAGGUUCAGUUACUACUUACCUUUUGAACCUUUUCUGUACUGUUUGUUGUUAAAGGCAAAUUGUAGAGAAAAUGUUUAUAAGGUAAACUCAUUCAAUUUAAAUAAGGUCUCUCUGUUCCAUGCAAUUCACUAAAAUAUAUUUAUGUAAAUAUUUGUUAGACCAAGAAAUAUUCUAGA